AUGGGGGUUUACCUAAGCACACCUAAAAUUGAUAAAACAUCCGAUGAUGGUGAGAAUGAGAAACUGAGAUAUGGAGUCUCAUCCAUGCAAGGAUGGCGCACAUCAAUGGAAGAUGUUCAUGCUGCUUUACUUGACUUGGACAACUCCACAUCUUUCUUUGGCGUUUAUGAUGGCCAUGGAGGGCAGGCAGUCUCUAAGUUCUGUGCCAAUGGCUUGUUAAGCUCUUUCAAUCUGUUGGGACAUACAACACCUAUCCAGGCUGGAUCCCUUCUACUUCUGGGCCCAUUUCUUGAUUACUGGUUAACAGAAAAGAGAGUCAACAUGUUUAAAUAUGAUAUUUCCUCUAUGGAUUUCUUGGUGUUAUUGAUAGAGGAUAAGGAAUUGGUCGAAAAUCCUAUGAUUGAUGCUUGGUUGCUGAAGAAUAGAAAAAGUCCCUGGGUUGGGAAGAAAGAAGGGUUACAAGGAUGUUGGAUCUUUUAUUGA